GGCCGGCGCCGGGCCGCCGCAGCCAAUCGCGCGCGGGGAGGCCGGGGGCCGGGCAAGAUGGAGGAGUACGCGCGCGAGCCCUGUCCCUGGAGGAUAGUGGAUGACUGUGGAGGGGCCUUCACCAUGGGGGCCAUAGGAGGGGGCAUAUUCCAAGCUAUCAAAGGCUUCCGAAAUUCCCCAGUGGGAGUAAAUCACCGGCUGCGGGGGAGUUUGACAGCCAUUAAAACCAGAGCUCCCCAAUUGGGAGGUAGCUUUGCUGUCUGGGGAGGUCUCUUCUCCAUGAUUGACUGCAGUAUGGUCAGGAUGAGAGGGAAGGAAGAUCCCUGGAAUUCCAUCACGAGUGGAGCCCUGACUGGAGCCAUUUUAGCUGCAAGAAAUGGCCCAGUUGCCAUGGUUGGAUCUGCUGCGAUGGGAGGAAUUCUCCUGGCCCUGAUUGAAGGAGCUGGAAUUCUGCUGACAAGAUUUGCCUCCACGCAGUUUCCAAACGGCCCACAGUUAUCAGAGGAUCCAUCCCAGCUCCAGCCACCCCCGUUCAGCGACUAUCGGCAGUACCAGUGAUAGUCCCCGGCCUCCUCCUCCUCCUCCUCCUCCUCCUCCUUCUUCCCUGUUCCUGAGCUGUCCUGCCUGGAGGAUGUGGAGGGGGUUUGUCCUUACACCAGUGGUUGUCCCUUAUGCACCGUGCUAGGAGGACCUGCAGCAUUUCUCAAUGUCAAACUGCUCAGGAGAACUUUUGGAAAAGAAAAUCUAUUUAUUCCUGAUAGAUUCCAUUGCUGUAAUGUUACACAUGUCUGGUAGAAUACAAGGAAGUUUGAGACAAGAACCAAAUGGAGUCUUGUCAUCCUUUGGAUUCCUACUGGAGAGAAAGGCUUGGAGUCUCCUCUGGGAUGUGGCACCUGCAGUGAAUGCAGCUGGAAUGUAGUCUCUUUCCUGUCAGAUGUAGAUUACGAGACUGGAAGGGGAAGUAUUGCACCUGCUGCCAGCACAGCCUUCUGCUUUUCAUCUUGGAUCCCAGCUUUAAGCACAUCUGCUCUGCAAUUUUGUGCUUAAACUCCAGCUUUGGAGGCCCCUUCCCUCUUGCCAGCAGUUAGAAAAUCACAUCCGGCAAGGUUUUCCAUUGUAAUUUGUUAAUUAACUCAUCGAUACUGUUGCUUGCUGGCAGUUCCUGUUAAGUAUCCAGAAAGACUCCAGUAAUGCCAUGUGAGCAACGCCUAGCUUUUCCUCUGCCCAGCAAGGAGGAAACCAAAUCAGAGCCGUGUAGAGGAUGCAAAGAAUGGAAGAAACAGAAGUGCUCMCAGUAAUGUUGACAAGAGUGAGAAUUAGUGUUGUACAAGAUGUGCACGCAUGUGUGAGUGUCUAAUGAUCUCCUGUGUACUUAAAUGGACAUUUUCCCAUUUCCACCCCCCUGCCUCCCAGAACCAUGCCAGGACUACCAG